UCCGAUUGAAGCGCAGGGUCUCAAAACCCGGAAGUGCGCUCCCACCCACAGCUGGGCGCGUCCGCGAGGCGUAGCAAGUCAUACGGAGGCGCUGCGCUCGAGCUCAUUCAAUCGCGAGCCAGACGUCGACAAAGUCGUACAGAGAUACUACCAUGGCCUCCGGAGUGACAGUGACAGAUGAUGUGAUUAAGACCUUCAAUGAUAUGAAGGUGCGUAAAGCUGAGGAGGACAAGAAGAGUAGAAAGAAGGCUGUGCUUUUCUGCCUGAGUGAGGACAAAAAGAGCAUCAUCCUGGAGGAAGGCAAGGAGCUCUUGGCGGGUGAUGUUGGACACACCGUUAAGGACCCCUACAUGCACUUCAUCCAGAUGUUGCCUCACGAUGACUGCCGAUAUGGCUUGUAUGAUGCCACCUACGAGACCAAGGAGACAAAGAAGGAAGACCUCGUCUUCGUGUUCUGGGCCCCAGAGUGUGCCCCUCUGAAGAGCAAGAUGAUCUAUGCCAGCUCCAAGGAUGCCAUCAAGAAGAAAUUCUCAGGCAUUAAGCACGAGUUCCAAGCUAAUGGGCUAGAGGAUGUCAAGGACCGGCGCAUCUUGGCAGAAAAGCUUGGAGGCUCAGCAGUGGUAUCUCUGGAAGGGUUUCCUUUAUCAGUUUAACUCCAGGUUGUACUUUGGGCCUACCAGAAAGCAUAUUUGUGUUGGGGAAUGGCCAUUCAUUAUGAUAUAAAGUGUUUGGGGGGGGGAGGGGACUCUCUGGGUAGGUGGGGGUAAUAGAUGGGGGGGGUAUCUGCAGGAGGGGUGGUAUCUGACAGUUUUAAUUUCCAAUAUUGUUGGUUGUCAUUCCAGUUCACUCAACUAAUAACAAACUCAAACGUGGUUUAGAAGUUAGUGUAGAACUGAGAUUUAAACCGUGUUUGAGAGCAGGUUUAUCUUUCAGAAUUCCCUUAGACUGAGGUGAGGACAGCAGCUGUUACAUUUGAAACUUCAUUCCUGCUCUUUUUUUUUGCCAAACUUCUUAUUCAGUUAGAAUUAUUAGCUUCACACUUAGUGUUAUACAACAUGCAGUGAGUGUUCAAAUGGUUUUUGGGAACUUUUUUUUUUUUUUUUUAAGUGUCAAAUCAAAUUCCAGAAAUUAGGUAGAAUAUUAAAACGACUGGAAAUAUUUUGAGACCAAAACCAACCUUGGCACAUUAAGGAUAAACUUAGUUCAUUAACCAGUUAAUAAUGUCUUUUGGAAAAGCCUGUAGAAUGGAAUGAUAAAGGUAUUGAGGUAGUGUGUGUAUGGAGUGAAGGCUAUUUGCUGCGUGGUUGGAUGUUUUGUAUUGUCCCCGAUCUCUAAUAAAAAAGCACUAAACUGA